CCGCCGUACUUAAAGGCGACCUGGUCCUCCGUCGCCUCGCUUGCACCCACGCUUCUUUCCCACUGCGUAGUACUCCGUACAGAAUACUCUCACACGUUUGACCUUAUCAAGACACCACGACCAUGUCCUCUGUCCCCUCCCAAGAACGACCCGAGCAGCCGUCGACUGUCACUGGCAGCACGGCAGCUCAGCAGCCCUCCGUGACACCUGUCGAAGAACGGCCGGGACCUUCUGCAGCCGUCGUCCCCGCCCCUCACCAGGCAGUUCCCGAGACGGUCAUUCAGAUGCAGACCGAGGAACAUGGCGAGCAUACCCCUCUCCUUCGCGGGAUCAGCCGCCGUACGAGUCUCCCGGAGCUCCUCAUUCAAGGCGCCCAAAAGAGACUUCGUCAGAUCUCCCCACCUUCUCGAAUUCAAGUUGGAAUGGAACUCGCAAGGGCGGAGGCGGCUAGUGGUCGCCCACGUCCUGCCUCUGUUGCUGUCGCUGCGGAAGCUAGCCCGAUUCGCACCUCGGCGACUGACAGCGCUGCAAUGACGCCUGACAUUCCGUACAUUGCUCCUGCUGGCGAUGGCGCUCCUGAAGCUGGUGGACGUCGUGCAAGCAUCUACGAGUACAUCGAGUACAUUCUUACGGAGCUUGCCCAUCCAUUCGACCCCAAGGUGCCACCCGUUGACGUCGCCGCCCGGGACCAAGCGGAGGCUCUGAAAACGAUUGUCAACCACAUUGUCGCUGACUUCCAGGCCAACAAAAUUACAGUCGACCGCAAGGCCAUCAGGAGGAUCAUCACGCGGCUGGUUUACUCUCGUAUCUCCCUCCCUGUGCUCUGCGCUGCCUUCUUUCGCAACUCGGACAACAUCAGCUGGGACGUGGCCGACAACGUUAUCACGCCGUUGCUUCAAUUGACCGACGCCUCUCCGACUGCUACAACGUACACCGUUCCAGAUGAUACGCAAGGAUUUUAUCUCCGCUCAAAAUCUCUUUCGGUGACAGAUGCAUGGCUCUUGAUUGAGCGCUUCCAGAAACGCUUUCAUCACGAAGUCUUCGUCGACAAGAUGAUCGAGAUGGUGAAAUCCGCACGCCUCCAAGGGAAAGCAAUUGUGCAUUUGCGAUAUAUUGGGAUGUUUGAGACGCCAGCGUCGACCCCUGCGGUUCGCCUUCACCAAGACUUGGCCACCACCGCCGCGCUCUUUGCAAAAGUGGAGCUUUGUCUGCAGGAACUUGCAGCCGCUGACGAGCUUGACAACAACCCUCAGUGGGCAGUGUACGAGUUCAAAAGCGUACGAAUUCCAGCACAAAGCAGUACCGAUCCGUUGGAGGGUGACCUUGUGGAAAGAACCUUGAUCGCGUUGUUCGGAUACGACAAUCUUGUCAACGUCCAGCAUGGGGGAUUCUUUGCCUCUUAUGCGCCAAGCAUGGCAGACCGGCAGCUCUUCCAAGGACUGAACACGUCGUUUGGACAGACCUUUGCGGCAACGGCUAUGGUUGGGAGACUGACGGGAAACCAGUUCCUGUUUGAGGGCUAUCCACAAACCGUCUACACGGCGCAGGUGGUAGCCCACUUCAACAACGUAUCUACAUUCAUCAGAAACAACCCUUCGACAUUGGCGAAUAUGGACUACGGUGAGCGUUGGAAUCAAUUCUUGAUCAAGAGUACGAUUUACCAGGUAUUUUAAGAUGGACGCCAUUGCUCUGGCUGCCUGCCUUUCAACUAAUCUCCCAUUCGCAUCGCUUAGGCGAUCCCCGGUACCCUGACGGUGACUGACGGCAGCACUCUGGUGGUUGCCAUUGGCAAGGAUCUGCCAAUCGAAUCAACCACGCUGAGGGGAGAUGCCCGGUUCUUCUUCGGUCAAUCGCGCGCUGGUGCCCUCACAAGGUCCCUGCUUACGGAUCUCCUACAAUGGGAGGGAUUGUC